AUGGCGCAAGUACCCAAAAAGGACAGCCCUGGCUUCUUCUCGGUGCUGUUGGGCGUGCCUCUCAAGAGCGAGGCACCAGCUGGCGACGACAAGAAUGACUCGAAAGCCACAUCAUCGGACCAGCGAUCGUCCAAGGCAACCUCUUACGACAAAGAGCCUCGAGCUCCAUUGAGAUCGUCGUUGACCCGCGACCGGACUCGCAGUGAUCCCGCAACCGAUGCACAGAGGCGUCGCGCUGAGCCAGUCGGACGCCGGACCAAGUCAGACAAUCGCCUUUCCAAGCCUUCGCCGCGAUCGUCGAGCGAUCAGCACUUUGUCGACGCGCCUGAAGCACGCAAGAGCAGCGAGCGACAGGCGCGGAAGGUGGCCUUCCGAACGCCAACGCACUCGGAGCGCAAUGGCAAGACGGGCUAUCCGAGGCUUGAACAGGCGGGCAGCAGCUCCGAAUCGUUCCACGCACCCCCUCCCCUCCCUCGACCCACGCCCAAAGCCGCCAAGUCACGGCCCAAGCAGGCGCGCACUUCAUCCAAGGCAGAGGCAGAUGAGCGCAACUGGAACUCGUCCACAGCUACACUGCAGGACAAGGAGGAGGCUCGCUCGCGAUCAAGCAAGAGCAGGUCUUCCAAGCCGAGCGUCUAUCCGCUGGCGAGACCUUCCCAAAGCGAUGGAUACCAGGCUGUGCGUGUGUCGGGCCCGGACCGUGUCAUCAUCGUCCCGACCUCGACUGUCGAUGCGGUUGCGCAGACCAACACCAGGACUGUCCCCGCUGCACUUAUGCCCGGUCAAAGACGACCAGGACCCAUGCCGAUCGUGCAGGCACCGCCUCCGACCAACAGGCGCCUUUCUCAAGACAGAGGCCAAUCGCGGUCGAGGCCGCCUGUCGAGGAUCAACGCAGUCGAUCGCAUCGUGACCGCCGAAGCGACAACAGGGCAGACGGUCAGGGCUCAGCUCGUCCCCAAGGCAGCCGGUCCAACAGCCGUCCGGACAUGGGACCUCCUCGCGGCUCGACUCGUACGAUGCCUCCGAUGCCGGAUCUGCCGAAAGCGACGCUGCUCUCCCAGAACAUGGCCAGAGCACGCGCUGGCAACCGCAAUCCGAUCGACUCGUAUGCAGGCCCUCCUAAUGGCAUCUCCCAAGGUGCUAGGUCCAUGGCGCCCUUUCAGGACCGAUCACCGGCUCCCCGGAUGAAGGCGCAGCAGGCAUGA